AUGGAUAUAGACGAUACCCCCAUAUUCAAAUUGGAGGAGCUUGAAGCUCAUCUCCAGGAUUUGGUAAAAUCUCCAGAUACCCCAAUCGAUACCAAGCUCUUUGAUGCCGUCGAGCUGCAACUUACAGAAUAUAACAUCUCUCCUCUGAUCCCGAAGCUACUACCUACCAUUACUCAGAUCCUCCUUACCACACAACAAGACCCUACAGUACUCGCCAGCUUAUCCGUAAAGUUAUUACAGCCCAUCACAUUUCCCCAGGCUCUCCAGUUGGCUUCCGAAGACGCUUUGAUUCUCGCACUUCGAUCCCCCAUACCUGCUGCGAAUAUUCUUGCCAUAACAAUUAUUCAAAAGGCCACCAAGAGUGCCGCAGAUGUAGCAAAUCUAUCUGGUAUGAGAGGAGUGGUUGAGAAUUAUAUCCGAACAUGGCUUAGCAGCCCUCAUGUCGGAGUUGGAGAGAAAGCUACGCAAGUGCUAGGAGAACUUUUGGAUGUCGACUCUGUUCGAGAAUUGACACAUAUCACAAACGGAGUAGGAAAUAUGGAUAUUGGUUCUCAGCGACCACCAGGACAAGGAGCGCUCUGGCGAAGAAUAUUCCAAGACGUCGAAAUCUACGAAAUACUCUUCUCGCUUUGUAGCUUGAAGACUAUCGGAAAAGGUGACGGCCAAUUGGAUGAGAAACAAAAGACACUUGCUCAAGCUCGUUUAUUGAGAAUUCUUCCUCAUUUGGUAACCGUGGGGUUUGAUUACCUCACCCGUCCAACAAUGAGCCAAGUCGAUAAGGAGUAUAUAUCGCCACAGGACGAUGGGAAACUCGGGCUACUCUACUUCGCGGCAAUGGAAAUGGUGGAUAAAGAAGACCUGCUUAUGCACAUGACGCUGACUAUUUUCUUCUUGGAAUUAUUGGAGUCACUGAGUACUGUGGAAUGGUUCUUCGGCCCGAGACAAACUUAUGUCGCUGAAAUGAUAAGGAAAGCUAUGGAGUCAGACGUGGAGUUGCGUCAAUCGAUUGAGGGUGUGACUCUAUCGCCAGAAUCAACCUCACAAACGAAAGAAUUGAUAAAUUCUUUAAAGCUACUAUCUUAG